GAGAGGUGUGACAUCGUUAUGACGUCAUGGGUUUCAUAACCAAUUACGAAUGACUUGAGUCGAAAACUAAGUUUCACUAGCAUUUCAGCGGAGUAAUACAGUUACCUGUCUAGUGUCCACUGGUAUCCUUGUUUGACUGAAUACUCGAAUAAUGAAGCAAAAAACGGCAUUUUGUCUUCCUGUACCUAUGGCAGAGGUAGUGGCUGGCCCUUCUGGCAUUAAUUUUGACAGACCUUCGAUUUCCUACCGAUUGUUUGCAGUGCAAUGUGGUCGUCGGGUACCUGGCCACUUCCUACUUUAAGUUGCAUGUCAGGGAACCUUGCAACGGCUUCACGUUUUCCCUCAAAGCACCAGCACAUUUUUAUCAACCAACAGUUUAAGAAAUGAGCUGUGAAGAUCUUUUUGAUGCCGUGGAGAGACUUGAGAUACAAAAGUAUGCUGCAGGUGAAAAAGAAGGCAUUGUUGAUGGACAAUUAAAGUCAUGGCAGACAGGAUUUGAGUUUGGAUGGCAGCAAGCUUGUCAUAUUCAUCAGGAACUUGGUCGUAUUGAAGGACUUCUAUCAAGUCUGCUUUUAAACUGUGAGGCUAGCAUUACUCCUAGAAUACAGAAAAGGAUAUGUCAACUUUUGACAGAAAUAAGAGAGUGGCCGUCCUGGGAUCCAGCACAAGAAGAAAAAAUCGAAGCGAAGCUUUCGUCUGUUCAGACAAAAAGUCGGUUUAUACUACAACAAAUGAAAAUUUCUUCUGUUGUUAUUGAUAGGAGCAUUGAUGGUGAUUUUUGAGUUUCUUGAAGAUUUUGACAUUUGGAUCUUCCUAAUGGUCUAACAGGUUUGUCUAUACAGAAGUUCCUUAUUUUAAGUUGGCUUUGUAAUAGUAUGACCGUUGUUAUUGUUUAACAUAGAUUUCACAUUGAAUAAUUUUAUACAGAUGCUUGGUGGUAGUCAAGCUUGGGAAAAUAAAUAUCUUCAACAAAUGUAAUGCCCUGAUUUUUAAUUUUGUUGUGGCUUUAUUGCAAGUUUCAUUGGAAACACAAUACUAGUAGGGCCUUCUUGAUGAAUCAGAAAGGAUCUUUGAAAGUUUAAAGACUAUGUGGCAUAGUUCAUUUUAGUAUUAUAUUUAAAUUUAUAUCUUUUUGCAGAAAUUUGAUCAAAUACCCCAGUAAGUAGUGAAACCCUAAUAUAUUAGAGACAUCCUUUUUCACAGUGUAAUUAAGGGAAGGAUUUUUACUUUAUAACAAUACGUACUAGCAUGAAAAAUCAUGCUAGUACGUAUGCUCUAGUUGUGUGGAGUUCUUUUACAUUAGCAGAUUCAGUUACUGAAAUAGCAAAACAAAAGUGCAAAAAAAGUUUUGGUAAUUAGACUGCAGAUAAUCUGAACCCAUAGGAUAAUAAACCCAUUUGCUGGGUUAUGUUUUGUUUCUGUACAGUAUGUGGUACCUUUUUGUGACCACAGAAUGUCUUGUUGGGAGUACGAGCAGCAGUGGUUUUAGAUCAUCUGGACCUGUUGUUUUUAGUAUUUACAUUUGAAAAGAAUGUUAUAUGUGGAUCAAAUUUUUUUUAUAAAUUUCGUGAUACUGGAAAGUCCUUUAAUGUCAUUUUUAUACUCUCCAAUUGUUUGGUUAUUAUUCCAUAUGUUCUGUAGUUUGCUUUCCUUCCCUCAGUAUAUUUGUUUCAAAUAGUGUGCUAUCUCUGUGUGAAACUUUUUAUACUGAAAUAUUUGUUAGAUCAUAUGUGCCAAUCCAGUGUAUAUCGAGCGUACUGUUCCUGUUAUUUGCCUUAUUCCAAUUUCUUUUUGCUCCUAUUUUUUCCAUACAGAAAUACAAACCAUUGUCUUUUAUGUAGGAAAUGACCACUUAACUUUUUAACAAGGUAGCUGACUGGUGAUUACUGGGGUGAGUGGGGAGUACCCACUCCCUGCUAGGCUGUUAAACUAGGGUAUUUUUCUUUGUCAGAUUUAGCUUUUUUUAAAAUAAAAAAACAAGUACAAUAAGAAAUUCUGAAGAAAAUGGGUAUUUGUGAGGGUACGUCUUGUCCACUGUGGUCCGUGUUUCACUCUGGUAUUUCACAUUCCUCCCUAUGUAAGGGGUUCAUUGGUUAAUCUUUUUCAGUGAGACAAGUUUUAGUAAGAGGAAGGAGAGUACAUGAAACAUUUGCCAAUCUCCUCUGGAGGAUUACUCCCUCAGUUUUUCUUCUUGAAAUUUUUCAGGUCUUUUCGUCUGCCCUUAGCUAUUUCUCUCCCCUACUCUUUGGGUUUCCCUUCUCCCUCGGUCAAGGGCGGUCUGCCUACCAGACACUUUUCCUUGGACCUUAAGUUUGUUACCUAGGCUGAGCUCUUCCCCAGCAGGACCUCCACAUGUGUAUGCCACUUGCCCUUGACUAAAUAUGUUACAGAUAUUUUGCUGUUUUAAUAGAAAAGUAUAUGUAUACUGAGAGUAAAGUACUAUGUAUAUGUAUAUAUAUGAGAGAGAGAGAGAGAGAGAGAGAGAGAGAGAGAGAGAGAGAGAGAGAGAGAGAGAGAGAGAGAGAGAGAGAGAGAGAGAGAGCUAACCACAAUACGACGUAAACCAAGAACUUACAGUGGUAAAUCAUUUUUGUAUCACAAAUGUAUUUGUAUGUAAUCAUGAAAAUAUUAAUAAUGCAACAAUCUUAGGUUUCUUUUAGGAGGUACAUGUGUCCCGUCGUUCUCAACUACCCACAUAUUUUAGAUGUGUUCUAUACAAUAGUAAAGUCCUAAAAUAUGUACCUGUACAGUAAAAAUAACUUCAAAAUCAUCUUGCUACACCAAAAAUAUCAGUAUGCAUAAAAUGUAGGCACAGAACUGUGUGCAAAGUUCUGUAGGCCAAAGAAAACUUGUGUCUGAAUGGUAGGGGAUGCUUAAGAAUAACAGUUGUCAGCUGGUACAUAAUUUUGCAACGACUUUGAAAUUAUAUCAGGGUUUUCUGGGCUGGUAUUUUGAGGUGUAAUUUUGUUUGAAUGGACAAGGUUAGCGAUGAACUAUUAAAAGUGGCAGUUACAGGCGUUUUAUGGGUGUAUAAAGCCUACUUAUACUGUAGUGGACAAAUCCAACCAGGAUACAGUCUUAAAGAUGGUAGAAGCAGCAGCCUUCAUAGACGAGGCCUCUUGUGAAGAAAAAUGGACACCUUCAGACCUAACCUGAUCCAGGGUCAAACCAGGCAUACGACGGAUCACGUCCAAAUUAAGGUGGCAGGACAUCAGCUGAACCACAUUGGUGGAAUAAUACUUCCUAUGCUGCACGAGAGGAGGAGGAAGGAACUUCGAGGAUCUAUUGGCGCACAGAGAGCCAUCUCGGUCCAAAACCAUGCAAGAUAAGACUGAGCAUGCCUUGACAGGGGAAGCUCAAACAAGGCCUUAGUAUCUUGCCUUGGACCUAGCAAAGCCUCUAUACCCAUAGGGGUCAUAGAAGACUGAGUCUACAUUCCACACCCCAAGAUUAUUGAACUCGCGAAUGAGAUUAAUAAUCUCUGAAAGGAGAAGACAAACUCUUGGCUCUCUCCCUCCUCUGGUUCUGGCAAAGGAGUCCGACGACAUGAAGAAAAGGGCUUGGAAGGAUCCUCAUCCUUCCCUAACGGCAAUGGAGAGGCUUCCCUAGGAGGCAUCAUGCCUCCUGCUGGAUAGAGUGGAGUCCCUAACUACUGAAGAUCCUGAAACAGAGGGCUCUAGAACACAGUCAAGCGAAGAAACUUGUACACAGUCUCGAGCCAAACUGUACGUGCUCAUCUGACAAACGGCAUACAUGGACAUGCGGUGAGUCAAGUAUACACGGCCUUGUGACAACACACGAGCACAGUCUCAAGACAGAGAGUGACACUGAAGCGAACAUCCUGAAGGAGACUGAUCCCUUAGGUCCCGGUCUUUGGAAGGCGAACAAGAAACACGUCCAUGGACCCUAUUCACCUCUCGUUCUCGACCAUCAGCCACAACUUUUUGCGGAGCCUUAUCAUCUUUACGACGGACUGGAACAGGUACAGGAGAUGGAGAAGGUUGAAAUGGAAGGGCAACACUUCCACGGUCAUGUACAUGUACGAGUAAGGGAGAGACGUCCAUGUUGAGGAGUCGGCGAAGCACUCUCUCACUCGCAGAAACCUGUGAACUGACAAAGUUCUUCCAGAAGGCGAUGGUAGGGCCUAGGCCCCAAAAUCAUGUGCUUUUGCAUACACUGUAUCAGCAUCUGAAUGUGAAGUAGGGGUGUAAACUUGUAAUCACUUCAAGUAACCAAAAGGAUAUAGUAUUUUGGAGACAGUGCCCUGUCACCCUUUCUUGGAACUCCUGAACUGCCAGGAAGGCUGCCUUCAGCUCCAGGAUGUUGAUAUGAAGCUGUUUCUCUUGGAGACCCCACAGUCCUGAUAUUAGAGACCUUCCAAGUGCACUCCCCAACAUUCAUACAAGGCAUCCAAGGACAGAAGGAUUUUUGGAUGGGGAAAUUGAAGGGGCACUGAUAUGGUCAGUUUCUUAUCUUCUAGCCACCAUACUAAGUCUUGUCUCACCCAUUUCGGAAGGGGAACCAGAAGCAUGGGGGGAAUCCCUUGAACGGGACCAAAAUUCCUUUAGUCUCCAUUGAAGAGAGUGAAGGUGAAUACAACUGAGAGGAGCCAGCUUUUUCUAUGGAAGGCAAGUAACCUAGUAUGACCUGCCACUGAUAAGCUGAAAGUUUCUGUUUGGACAGGAAGGACUGGGCUAUGUUCCUAAACUUGAUUAGUCGCUGAUCUGAUGGAAACUCCUUCGCCGCUGUCAUGUCUAUGAUCAUGCCAAGGUAAAGAAUCCUCUUGCUGGGCGAAAGAUUCAACUUCUCCAGAUUUAUCACGAUGCCUAACCUGCAACAAAAUUGGAGUAUACAAUCUCUCCUGGAUCAGCUUGACCAGUGAACUUGUGAGGCUUACAGGCAGUCACUGGUUAAUGAUGGGGUUGCGUUCCCCGCCGAGUGCGUCAUUGAUUGAUGAAGUUACAGUUUAUGAUAUUUGGUUAACAAUGUCAUUAGCCAGAUUUUUGGAUUUGGUAGGCGGUUUAUCAGCAAUGGUAGGCGGCUUAUCGGUGUCAGUAAGCGAUUUUUGGUGCUAGUCAGCAAUUUAUGCACUAAUAAAUGGUUAAUCGACGCCGAUCAGUGCUUACGGUGUCAUAAACGCCAUUUAUUACUAUAUUGUUCUGGUUAUUGACAACUUUCUCUUAUAGGCACUUGGCUGGGAACAGAACCACCAGACACUGCUUGUAAUUAAUGGUGUUUACGACGCCAUAAGCACCGAUAAACUGCUUGCUUGCACCAAAAAUUGCUUAUCGAUGCUGAUAAACCACCUACCAACACUGAUAAAUCUCUUACCGGUAGCGAAAAUCUAGUUAACAAAGCGUCGCAAACCGAUGCCGCUGAUAAGUGGGCACUCCUUGUAGCCAGUCGUCAAGGUAUCUCAAGAUGCGAAUCCCAUGAGAAUGAGCCCAAGUUGAGACUAUGGUGAACACACACUUGUAACGCCUGUAGGGCUGAAGCAAAGAAGCUUCCUGGAUGAUUGGAAUCGAAGUACUAUUCAUCCUUCAGGUCUAUAGUCAGCAUGAAGUUGUCCUUCCUGACAGCUGCAAGGAUUGUGCAUGGGGUGUCUAUCUUGAAUCGUGUCUUGAGAGUUAACAGGUCUAUUACAGGUCUUCAAUUGCCCGUUACCUUGGGAACCAGAAAGGUGACUGUAGAAGCCUGAAGAAGGGUUUUGAAAUACUGGAACAUAGUGAAUUACCCCUCCAGAGAUUAGAGAAUUCACUUGGCUAAGAAUGAAAUCAGCAUGCUUAGAGCAUGGUAAUCCCAAGGAAGACUUAGCCUCUUUCUUAGGUCCUACAAGAGCUUCAACGCCUUAUGUGUGAUCUGAUGAGGUAGUUACAGUUCCUUCAACUAGACCUUUACACCCACGAAUAAGUUCAACGACCUCAGCUUAGGUAGUCGUAAACUUUUGAUGAUCUACAUCUUCAACCUCAGAGCCACUGAAGUGUAGGCUUGUUCAGGUCCCAGAACCUUCUUGGUGGCCUUUAGAUAAUAGAAUUGGGAGUAGUCUUGUCUUGAAUUUGAUCCUGCCCAUUACAACUAUGUGUAGAAUGGUUAUGGCCAAGAGAUCAAGAGUGGACAAUCAUGGUUUUUUGAGCUGCUGUGACAUGAAGAACGGCCACGGCUGUGUGAGCAAGAGCACCACUCACUAUCCCUCCCAGAAGAACAUGAAGGAAAAAGAGGGAAGAAGGUCUCUCUGUCCUGAGAAAGUUGCUUCACAAUCUACUUAUUAACUGGAGCAUUAACAUCCUUCUUACGGACCUGGACAAUCUAUUACUAUUCCAUAUACUGAGAAGGCUGAGGAUCUGGUUCUAAAGCAGGAGAGACAUGGACGUGUACUACACUGACGAAGGAACAGAAACAACACAGACAUGCAUGGAUGACUGAGCAUUGGAAGGAGGUAAAGAGCAAUGGGCCAAAGACUGCCUGCAAAACUUCUUCCUAGGAGAUACAAUGAAAUCACUCUUACCCUAACGCCUGACAGGGAUCAGUGAAAUGGAAGACAAAGACGAGGUUGAAGAAGGUGAUAUUGGAAGCUCAACACGGCCGUACUUCUUGAGAAACACACCUUCAACUCUGUCAAAGAGAGCUUGGAGGCGAGAGUCAGAGGGAGCAGACAGGAGACUAAGAUGUCGACAGACCCUGCAUGGAAGGAGAUAGCACAGAGAUAGGUAUUAGAAGAGUUGUUGGCAGAUGGGAUAAUGUCACUGAGCCAAAUAGCAUUGAAACAUUGCCAGGGAGAGCCAUUGUAAAUCAGGAUGAUGUCACAGUGAGGCUAAAGGCCAGAAAGGGUUGGUACCCCUGAUAGGAACUUGCAAUUCCCAAAACUCAAGACAUUUCUGAGCAUCUCUUUUUUGAAAAAGCUGUACUAGAGGGAGCUGCUUUUUCCCACCCAAAACAAAAUGGCAGCAACAUUACAAAUAUGACCACCUGAAUCCCCCUCGAAUCUUCGAAGGAUGAAACCAAAAUGAGGAGAGGAAGAUUAAUCUCUGUGAUAAGCAGCAGCGAAAGAAGACUUUGGUAAGGAUGAGGCUGAACAAGGAGGAAUAGGACACCAGCCAUCAAAGGAGACAAGAAGCCUUCCCAAGAUAGUGCCAUUGAUUUCCUCUUAAACUGCCUCUUAUUAGCAAAUCUUUUCCACUGCUCAGGAGACCAAAGACAACACACACAUUGCAAACAUUAGAUCUGCACCUACUACAAGUGCUGUGAGUGUCAGUUAACAAAGAAGACAAGUAACUGGAGCAGGGGUUACUAUCAUCGUCUCCAGGACAUCGUCUCUUGACGCCUAGGAGGCUUACCUGAAAAAUGGGCUUGCAUUUGGGAAAUGCAAAUAUAACACAGAUAAAAAAGCACAAUAUACACACAAGAAAAAAAAUAAAACAGAAUGCCGUAGGCAUAAGUGGGCAAAAAGUGCAAAACAACUGGCUUCUUGUGAAAGAUGGUUACAGAGAAACAGAACUGAAGAAGUGUAGCUGGGGUAAAUCAGGUCGCAUAGCUUCCUCCUCUAUUGGCUGAUGCCUGUUGCCACCAAUUCCUUGUUAUUUUUAACCGGGUUCCAGCUGGCACCAAAGAAUUUAUCCUUAUGUUAAGACCAAGGUUUGUUCCGUAUAUGAGCAGAGUUUAAAGCAACUAUCAACAGCCAAGUUAUGAAACAGAUCUAAAUCAUUAUUCGCUGCUCUCUACAGUCCAUCCACCCACAGAGGCCAUGUGACUGAGAGGGUUACUCUGGUGUGGGGAUGAGUUGGCAAAAAAUGAAAAAAUGAAAUUACUGCUGCAAUGAUAAUAAAACUUCAGAAAGUCAUCUUUCAGAGAUUAAGCAUUUAAUACAAGAAGAUAUUGGCUGAGGAUGAAGUCUUGUGAAAGCAUUUAAUACAAGAAGAUAUUGACUGAGGAUGAAGUCUUGUGAAACCAGCAACCUACGUAAAUCCUAGGAACAGUGCUGUUAAUCUGUGGGCAGACAAAAAAAAGCAGCAGCUACCUGCCUCUGGAAGACUUUUGGAACCAUAUGCAAAUGUGACAGCCUACAGGUAGUGGUGAAUCUCCAUUCUUCUAUCAAGUUUGGAGUGUCUUAAGAUUUUGGCGGGCAGAAGCACAGACCAUAAUGUAAAUGUAAUGGGUUUGUGGAGAAACUAAUAUAAAAAAUGCCAACACAAAACUUUUCACUUCAGGCUGGUGCAUUCAUCAUACAUUACAUAAAGUGUUUAUACUGCCCAGACCAUAGUCAUCCUGAACAUUGCACUCUUGUAUUGAGUAAUCUUUUUUUUAAUAUACAGUACAUUAAAAGAAAUGUACAGCAUAAAAAACAUACUUUUAAAUUUUGCUAAGCAUAAAAAUAUCACAAAUUACGGUGCUCCCAUUUUUCGUUAUAAAAAUUAUUGCAAUCAUCAAGACUUUUAUGCAUAUAAAAAAAGUUAUGAUGGUAUAAAUAUUAUGAAGCUUACAGAACAUGGCAAGUCUAAAAUAUAUAAAAUUCCAAUGAACCAACUAAGAAACAAUCCAUGUAAAUGAUUAAAGUACUACCAGUAAAUACAAGAAACUCAUGAUUGUAAAAAAAUAUAUAUCUAAAGUUACCUAAUGGUAAAUUUAGAUGAAAUGUAAUUUUAACAAAAGUGCAGACAAAAUUUUAACAAUAUCAAAGAGACUUACCACCAUAGCAAAAUUUCAUCAAGCAAUAUGAUAUAAUCUUGUAAAAUUACCCUUAUGCAAUUAUUGUACCUAGAAGGAAAACUUCAUGAAAUGAAAACCAAAACAUAAUAUAGUAUCAUUAUAUUUCUGCUAUUGAGAUCUUUGCACAGUUUGCUAAAUCUGGUGCUUGCAGCAGAGUACAAUAUAAAAAGGCACUUGCUUGCACUCUGACUGCUGAUGAUAAUUUCAAGGCGGUGAUCACGCUGGCAACCUGGUACUGUACUAUGCUACUUACUCCUACAUUUACAGUUUUUCACUCGUUCUGUCAAUGACUGGAAGAAGGUAUCAGAUAAUUUGAAUAAUUAAAUAUUUUAACAAUAUGAUGUACACUUGUCUACUAUUUAGUAACAAGAGUACACGUUUAUAGGUACAGACUUGGUCCAUAAAUUUCACAGAUCUGGAAUAAAAAAAAUUACACAAACCAAAAUGGGAAGGAAGGAGCACUGAAAAGCUUUAUGAGAGUAAUAAUGGUAUACUGCAAUGGAAAAUAUUUAAAAGUUUAAUUCUUUAAGAAAUUGUAUCAAAGGUGUGCCUCUGAAGCACUAGUAUUUCAGUUUAAAUAAGACUGAGUAAAGUACGUAUCCUAUCAAUUUUAUGUGAGUCAGCUAUUUUUUCUUGUCAUAAUGCUCAACAGUACUUGGGUUUAAGAAACAACAUAGAAGUUUCCCAGGGGCAUAUGUUUUAAUGUGGAGUUCACCGUCACACCCCACAAAGCUUAACAUUAUCAUAAUUACAUAAUAAAAUUCUUUGGAAUUAUUAUUUACAUUAUAUACAACACUCACUGAUACAACACAAAAUCUUUACAACAAUAAAAGUAAAUUAGCUUUGAUUUUGCAGAGAUGAAAGCAUUAACCUCUACACCUUGGUGCUAAUAUCACUGUGGAACCCUUGCCUGCCUCUGCUAAAACACACACACAUUAUUACUUCUAUUAUUAUUAAGGAUCAAGUGGCGAGGGUGACAACUGUGAACAUGCUAGCAUCAUUAUGUCCUUUUUCUCCUUAGGAAAACGGAGUUCACGACCAGCUAAACGAGCAGCUUCUAAUUCACGCUCACUUUGGCUAAGUUCUCGAGCAAUCACACCAGGAUUCUCCUGUUCACGAGCAAUCCAAUCAAGGGCCAUCUGAGAGCGCAUAUCAUCAUCAAGUGCACGGUGGGAGUAAUGAGCCACUACCUCCUGUCUGGAGCACUGCCUCUCUCGCAUGGCCUUCAAGGAACCGUUCCAGUGCAAGAGCUGGAAAACUGUCAUUAGUUCUUGAAAUUCGAGCAUUGUACGUCCUUUGUUGGUUUCCAACAUGAAUCGAAAAGCUCCAAUUCCAGUACUUGGAUUGUCAGCUUCAUCUGGGUCCCCUUGGGGGGGAAGAGACAAGUCGGCUACAUGCUGUCAAAGAAAAAUACUACGUCAAGUUCUUCAUUACUUGUGAAAGAUUACAUCUAAACAAAGGUUUUCUAUUAUGUGCAUACAUUCUUAUGGAACAAGCCAAAACACUAGUGACAUGAAAAGUUGCCACAGCUUAGAAUGCUCUCAUGUAAACGAGAGCAAAGUGAUUAACUUGGAUAUAAUAGUAGUUUCAGAUUUUACACACGGUAUAUACAUGCAACUCAAUAGGUCAUCAUAUAGUAUGUAGGGUAUUCAUUUCACUAGGUAGUUCCUGGGAAAAUUAAGUUAAUAGGAAUGGUAUUAACUCUUUCUUACAAUAUGACAAAAUUUGUUUGCAUCACAUGGCUGGCUCGGAGAACCUUUUUAAAUACUGCAGUACAUUCUCUAGUAACCUUUGGGUAAUCCAUAACUCCGUCAGUGCAUUACACUACACUGAUGUAAAAUGUUAAAUAACAAAACAUGCAUCCUCCUGGAAGACCAAAGCUACCCUGCAAGUAAGUUUGAGUGCUCUUGACAAUUUCUAGCGACCUUUUAGCCAAGCUAAUACAUCCACUUCCAUUCAACUCACCGAAUUGUUGUUUCAAGCAACUGUAUUUACCUAUUUCCUCAUAACACUAAUCAGUAUAUUAUUUCUGUGCCGCCAUCUACAUAUGCCAUUUUUUACCUAAAUGUCUCCACACAAUUUGUGAAAAGAUCCUGUGUCCUUUCAAUCUAAGUUCCUAAGCCUGUUUUAACAGAAACUAAAUUUAUGUUUCACUAAAGUUACUUAUGUAAUGUAAUUUUUGAUAAUUACCAUCUUCAACAUCUAUAGUGAUGAAAAAAAUGACAAAUUUUCAGUCAAUUUGUAUUUUUCAUAGCUAACAAACCUGAGGUCUUAACAGUAGGAUAAAUCUUCUAGCGCCAGUUGGAAAUGGGUUAAAAAUAAAGAUUGUAAAUGCAAGGAAUCUGUGGCAUCUGGCAUCCUGAUGCGCAGCUGAGGUGUUUUACCCAAGCCUGUAGUUUGUUACAUAUUUAUACCAGCCCAGGACACCCAUGAGUGUCACCGUUUUUAGACGGCCUUCCAGGAUUCCUGGGUUCACGUUCCUUUUCCUCUGCUUCGCAUUGGCUGUUGUGUGUAAUGCUGGUCUGUCUCUCACAAGGGAUCAUUGCCCCUGCAGGGAGAGAGGGCCAGCUACAUUUUGGUCUUUAGCAUUUUGUCCUACCCACAUAUGAAAAUUACAUUUUAAGUGGUAUAUAUUUUUACGAUGAUUAGAGGUGAAAUAUCAACAGUGAUAAAAUAUUCCUGUGCACUAUUAUAAUAUGCAUGAUAAACAUAUUUAGUCAACUAAACUUGUAAUCAAAUACAGUACUGCUCAGGCAAAGCAGAAAAUGUCGCAACACGAACCUAUUUAUGCAUGCCCUCACGUGAUGACAUCAUGAACUUUCUGGUGUUAGUUUAGUUUCAUGUUUUUGUUUCUGGUACAAUAAUUCAUAUUAACAGAUAUAUAUAGUACAGGUAUGCUAUUUACGAUGGGGUUAGGUUCCAGAAAACCCAUCGUUUGUUGGAAAAAUCGUAUCUCAAAUGUAGCCUAGCCUACACUAGGGUAAUCAGUACCAUCUUAACUAUAGGGUAGCCUAGCCUACACUACACAGUAUAUUUUAUACAUAUACGGCAUAGUACUCAUUAAUUUUCAGCUAAUUCUCUAGGUUCAAUGCAUAUUGGCUUAUGAUAAUUCAGUACAGAGAGAUAUUGAAUAACAUUAACAAGUUAGCCUGGCGUAUAUGAUGAUGAUACCAUGGUAUAGUAUCGUAUACAUAAGAAUACAGUGGCCUAGCCUACAGUAUAUACUCUAUACUACAUAUACAGUAUAGUAAUUUAUUAAUAUAAGCCAAUUCUGGAGGUUCAUUGCAUUCUGACUAUGAUAUAUCGGUAGAAAAUAAACAAAAUUGGACACAAAACAAGAAUCGGAUUCGGACAGACAUCGGCAUAAUUGAGCGAUGUCAAGACUGCUGAUGGCUCCUAUAUGAAAUAAAAAAAAUGAAUAUGCAUGUUUUCCAUUUAUCUUUUAAAAAGUUAUACAUUACUGUAUCAAAUAUUAUUUUAUGUAUUCUCAUAUUAUUGUAUCAAAAAAUACUAACAAAGUGGUCAUUCAUAUGUUUUAGUUUGGAAAUCAGCUGAUGGCAAAUACAAGUUUAUUUCGAGGAUAAUUGUCUUGCUUUUAGUUAGCGUAAAGAAAUAUCUACAUACUUUACUUAUAUGAGACAAGGUAAUUUUUCGUCAUACAGCGUUUUCAAGUCGAAAUAUGAAUUGAAUACGUCUUGUUGUGAACUACAUUAUUUUUCUGUUAACAGAUUGAGUUGUGUGCAUGUUU